AUGUCAAACAUAUGUCCUCGUCUGAUAGACUACUUCGUUUUUGUUGGUUCGAGAUUGCCAGGAGAUGGUUCUUCAGUUUUGUCUCCUGAGAUUCUAUGUCGUUUUCCUCCAACAGAUCAUGAAGAUUUUCCUCUUCCUGCUGAUGUUUCUUUCUUUUGUCAGCCUGAAGGAUGUGUAAAUUCCACAAGCAGUACAUUCCCCAUAAAAGCAGUAGAUGGUGGAUCUUCCCAUGGGAUAAAAUCAAUGACAUUUUUGUUUUCACUCACUGAUAAGGACUCCAGUAAAACACGAUAUGGGAUAUGUACGAAUUUCUUAAGACCUGUAAGCUUCUAUGCUUCAAACAAAGAUACAUCGUGUGACUCAAAGAUUGAGUAUCAGCAUGGAGCUUCCUUCACAAAUGGAUCGAGUGGUUUUGGAGACAAUCCGAACAUCAUACGUGCCAGUCCACCUGACAAUAGAGCAGAACCGUUGAAGAAUGCUAGUAGGAAUUACAGCCUAACUUCCAUAUGUUUAAUAACUCACUAUCCUUUCGCAACAACAUUCACACGUUUGGUGCAGUGUGUCCAUACUGUCUUGAAAAAGCUACACAAACUGUCAAAAUCAUACUGUGUUGGAAGUCCAAGCAUUUGGGAUGUAUUAACAAGUAAUACAACUUUAUCGUGUUCUAUUCCUGUUGCGGAAGGUUUACGUCAAUUUCAAAUGUGGUUACUUCGCCUUCUUAGCGCACCUGCACCAAUACCUGGCUGUACAUAUGUUAAUCUUUCUAUUCAGCCGAAUGAUUCAGGAACACCUCCAUGUUUUGCUCUCCCUGAUCAAUCACGUCUUCCAUUAGUUGAUUUUCCUGUAAAUUUACCAUUUGAAAUUAUGGGUAUUAGAAAAACUCUUCGCUUGAUUAUAUGCUUACUUUUGGAACAAAAGGUGGUUUUACAAUCAUCGGAUUAUAAUAAAUUGUCGUUGACAAUUUUGGCACUCGUUGCACUCUUAUAUCCACUUCAAUACAUGUUUCCAGUUAUUCCAUUGUUACCUGCAUGUAUGCCAGAUGCUGAACAGCUCCUCCUGGCGCCUACUCCUUAUCUGAUUGGUGUACCAACAGCUUUCUAUACUGCAAGGAAGAUAUUUCGUAUGCCAAAAGAUGUCUGGCUAGCUGAUUUGGAUACUUGUGAACUGUCCUAUCCUAUGGUUGUCGAUGAAAUCCCAGAAUUACCUGAAAUAGAAAGUAACAUACUUGUCAGUCAUCUAAGAAAGUUACUUCAUGAGUUUUCAAGCUCACCGAUAAUCGAUUUAGACUUAGAUGAAUCAUCUAAGCAAUGGUCUCAUUCAUCAGCACGUACAGGCGCCUUAGAAUUAUCGAAAUUUGAUCCGUUACUGUAUACGCUUACAAGAGAUUCUGUUGGUGUUGCUAUACGUGUGUCAAUGAUUCUAUUCUUUAAUACAAGCAAUGUUCUAGGCGAAUUUACCAAUCAUAUACGUACUUUACGAUUAUUUCCACGUCCAGUGGUUGCAUUUCAAUAUGAAAGUUUUAUGAAAUCUCGUCCAAAACCGUGUUUAUUCACUAGUAUGCUGGCAAAAACUCAGGCUGUUGAAUAUUUCGCUGAGUCAUCUGUUUCUGCACAGAAUGAAGCCUAUCAACGGAUCAGUUCAGGAGUGUAUUCAGCUGAAUUAAUCGGUGAUAAAUUCUAUUGGUAUAAAAAUCAGCUGAAACCUGUAUAUUUUAAUUGUUGGGAUAAAUUGCUGGACAAUUCAAGUACAAUGGAGGAUACACCAACACUGAGGAAUUCCACACCGAAUCCACAUCAGUGUUUAUUAUUACUUCAAGCUUUUGAGACAGCGAAAUUCACUUUUCACAGACAAUAUUCUGAGGAUGUUACUACGACUGCUACGGAUUCGUCUAAUGAAUCCAGUAUGGAUUAUUUUAGCGGAAUAUUCAAGACGUAUUCACAGGAUACUGAUUCAGUACACUCGCAUGAAACACUUUCAUUGAAUACACCAACACCUGAUAUCACUGAAGAGUGUAUUCUUGUUGAACAGAAUAAACCAUUGCCAUCUGCUUUAGCUGAAUAUUAUACACCUCCAAAGGAAAUGGUAUAUCCUAAUGAAUCAGAUGAUACUUGGAAUAUAUCACCUAAACAACGUAAUGAUAGUGUAAUAUCCAAUUUCGGAAGUGAAUCGACGGAGUCUAUCGGAAGUGUUCAGCGAAGUGCCGAAGACAGAAAGCCUUCUGGAACACCAUCAGAUAUAUUAUCGACUUCAAAUACAGACACUAUAACUAGAUCGUCUAUUUCAUCGAAACGUUCAACUAGUGAUACUCUACAACUGAUAUCACGUUUAUCUCAACCAUUCUUAAUGAUCAAUGGCAAUGAUGCCAACAGGAAAAGAAGUACACCGACUAGUUUUACAACUGCUGAUGGUGACAGUGAUAAAUUGAAUUGGGAUGCAUCUUUAGCCUUAUUGUUUGGUGAUUUAAUGAAAUCAAAACACUUUAAAAGUUUAACCUUGAAAGAUGUACCAAUGUCAACUGUACAAAUGUAUAAAAAGAGAUUAGAAAAUGAACGUGCAAUUAUCGAUUUAGCUCGAUCUAUAAAACAAGGUCGUAUACCAAAUAUAUUUUCACGUAAUCAUAUUUCUACACUGUUACAAGAUGAGAAUUAUCGCAAUUUACUAAUUGCACGGAUUAAUCGUAAUUUAGAAAAUGAUGUACGAUUUAAUCAACAACAUAUUGAUGAUAUGCCUGUUGAACAUUGGAAUCAAUACAAAGCACUUGUUUGGGCUCUUAAACAAAUGAUCACCGGUUUAGAGUACAGUUUUCGUUCAGAUAUCACCUUUCCAACUACAAAUCAUUAUGAUCGUAUGCAUAGAGAUAAAUCUCCUUCACGAAAUAAUUUUAGUAAUAAUAAUUAUAAUAAUAAUAUUCAAACAACAUUGAGCGCUGGUCGAUUCGGAUUCUCUACAGGUGUACAAAAAACUGGUGGUUUUGCUUCAGCAUUCAUGUUAAUGGAAAUAGCACAUACACACUUUUAUCGAUUACCGAAUCGUUCAAGUCAUGGUAAUCCUACAACAACUACUGCUUCUCCAGAAAUUAUUUGGAAUAGUAUGCCAACUACACCGAUAGCUGAGAUGAGAUCACCUGUAUCAAAAAGUAAAUUGAUGAGUAGUGGAGCUAUUCCAACUAUUCAUUAUCCGAGUAAUCGACUAGACUUAUCGGAUUCUGAGUCGUACAACAGAAGUCCAAAAACAGUUAGUGAAAAUAGCUUAACACCACCUGGAUCUUCUGUCUCCUCAUCAUCUUCUUUGACAACUCGACGUCAUACUAUAUCACCUCAACAGUAUAAUUCAAAGUUAAAGUCAUCACCGCAUAGGCAUUCUCAGCCUCAUCAACAGAAUAACAUCAACUCGAACUCAGUGAAUAGCAGUAGUAAUAAUAAUAAUAAUAGUAAUACACAUGUUAAUUUUCAUCAUAUUACCAACAUAUCAAAAUCGAUAAAGUCACUAGAGAAUACAUUUGAUCUAGUGAAUGUUUCAAAUAAACUUGUAGAUCUUAAAAUGAAAGUGGAUCGUUCCAGUAGUCAAUUUAAUGAAAUCUACACUAGUAUGUCAUGCAAGCUAUCGAAUAACUUGAAACAACACUAUCACUUACCGUCUGUGCAUCAAUAUUUCCAUAAUAACAUUCAAAGUAUUAAUAAUAAAAUUAGUAACAGUAAUAAUAAUAACAAUAGUAAUAGUAAUGGUUAUAAUUUAUCUCAAUCAUCAAUAUUAAAAGGCACACCUGAUGAAUAUAGGAUAGUUGUACAUCCAGAUAGUGAUGUUGAUGUUGAAUCGCAGAAUCAAACAAUGGUUACAACAUCAUCUGUCCCACCACUUCUUCCAACGGGUUUGUUUCAUCAUUCCCCUGUGAUUCCCAGUAGAACUCAUUAUGCUAAACCGCAAUUCAAACCAUUUCGUCGUGGUCGUGAAUUUACUAAUAUUAUUGUUUCAAUGAGUGAACCAUCAUCAGAUAGAGAAGACAACGAGCAUCAUCGGCGUCAUCAUUCUACUCGGUCAACAAAAGACUUUUUACGCUCAGACAGUGUUAGUUUAAGUAAACAGGAUUUCAAGUUAACUGCUGAUGACUAUAGAAUGGCUCAUGAAGCUGUGACUGCUGCGUCUUCUGCUGCUGCUGCUUCAGGUUAUGAUAGUGAUGAAAAUAGUGUCAAAUCUACAGGAAAUGAUCGUAAUAAUAAUAAUAAUAAUAAUGAAAGUAUUGGGAAACACUUGAUUAGUAGUUCAUCAACUAUGAAACUUCAUGAUUCUUUGAGCCAAUUAACUGAGAACGAUAUUCCGACGGAGUAUAUUCGUGAAUUACCGGCUUUUAAAAGUCAGCGGAGUUUUGGAUACAGAUAUCAUCAAUCUCACUUAAUUCUAACGGAUUUAACAAUGGAUCCAAUUUCAAUGUAUGAAAGUGCUGAUACAUCCUAUGCUGUAUCGGCUUCUUCAUUUAAUACAUGUACACCACCAGCUAUUUAUCGUCCUGAAAUAAAAUUUCACUUUAAUGACUCUAAUGCUGAAGAACGAGAUGAACGACCGGAUCCUCCUCCUCCUCCUCAGGUGGUAGAACAAGAAAAAUCACAGUGUUUAAAUUCACCUAAACAACAUAUGUGUAGGCUUAGUCUGUUACCGACAACUCCAGCUCCUCCGUGUCCACUAUCAUCAUCGUCACCAUCUUCAUCUUCAUUGUCAACUCCAUCUAUUAACUCGACAACAUCAACAAUGACAACAUCAGCAUUCCAAAGGAAAAAAGUUCCAUGGACGUAUAUUUUUGAAGAUGUUUUCGAUGCUGAAUGGCAAAAAAGUAAACUAUGGGGAAAUUUACAAUUCUGGGAGGAUUCAUUCCUUGAUGCUGUUGCCCAGGAGAGAGAUAUUUUAGGUAUGGAUUUUCAACCAAAAGAACUUUUAUCAAAAUAUCAUAAUUCAUCUUUACUUAAACGUAAACAAAUGGAAUUAGCUGAAGACUGUUUACUAGUCAAUGUAAUGCAUAAUAUGAUUGCAUUUAUGCUGAUGGCUAAUGUUGAUCGUCUACUAAUCAGGAAAAAACUUCAACGUCUACUGGCUAAAAGUCAUACAGGCUUACAUUAUUCACGUAAAAUUGGUGAUUUGUUGAAUUCCUUGAAUUAUCUUAACGGUAAUGAUAUUGAUUUAAAUGUGGCACAAAGUCGUUUCAUUGUCCAACGUUCACAUGAAGCUUAUCGUGGUUCAGAUGACAGUGGUGAACUGAUUUUUAUUGAAGUAUGUUCUGAUUAUCUUUUAAUUCGUAAUUUAUCUGGACGUAUACUGGAACGAUUAUGGUAUGAUCAAAUUAUAAAUAUGACAUAUCGAUCUCAUUCGCAUAUUUUAUGCAUUACACGACAAAUUGAAAGUCAUUCACAAAUGGAUUUAUUUUAUACUCGAAAAUCUCGUUUAGUAUAUCAACAAAUCAAAGAAGCUAUGAAGCAUAUUUCAGUGGAAGCUUCUCAUGGAAUUUUAGAUGGAGAUUUAGAUGGUGAGAUUAACGCAGUCAAUGUGGACAACAAUCAACCGGGUACUAUUAGUAUCCUAUCAGAUGGAUUCGUGAUUAAAUUUGGUGAUGAACAGAAAUUUAUCAAACUGCAUAACAUUAAACGAUGCUGUACGAUAAAAUCGGAAAUAUUCACAAUUGAUGUUUAUGAUCCAGAGAAAAAGAAAAUGCUCACUUAUCGAUUUCAAACGGACAUGGCUUUAAUCAUUCUAAGUUUAUGGAAACGUAUAAUUGAAAUGGCUCUCCAGCGUAAAACAUCAGGAAAUUAG